GGAGAGGAGACGACACGUGUCAAAAACUGUGACGUCAUUACAGGCUCUUUGAAUCAACGCGCUCGCCCCGAUACCAGUCCCGGGGAGUUUGUUUUCUACCGGCGUAUUUACGGAUAUAUUCAGAAACAAACAAGCCCUUAAGGGCUAUGUGGAUAGACAGAUGAAGGGAGAAGGAAACAGCACAGAGAAGAACUGUAUUCGCCCAUAUGUUCUUUCUUUCACUUUCGUUCAGCUGGCUCUGAUAUGUUCGUUCGGUGCAGUGUUUUAUGUACAAUUUUUGGACCUUACCCGACUAAGAGGACGGGUCGACAAGCUAGAAACACUGUGCAAUUUCGCUGUUCAUAACCGGCAUGAAAGAGCAAAGAGAAAUGUCGACCUUAAAGACAAGAUGGGGACGACACAGACACCGCUGAUGAGCAGCGACGUCAUGCCCGACGCCUACACGAAUCUCCCUUCCUACGCCGACACCCCUGAGAUGGCAUACGUCACCCAGAUUGCCGAGAAGAUCAACCUCACAGACAACAUGGGCAAUAUCGACUACGGCGGGGUGCCCCUCUCCAACUACGGCAUGGAGAUGGUCAUUGAUCAGGCCAUUCAAUAUAUCCUGGACGCUCAGGCACAGGCACUAGCAGUUCAUUGUUCUGCCGCACACAGCAUCUGCCUCUCAGGUCCAAAGGGUCCACCUGGUUUCGACGGCUUCCCGGGUCCCGAGGGUCCGGUCGGUCCAGCAGGGAAGGAUGGUGCCCCAGGAGAGAAGGGUAUUACAGGAGAUAAAGGUGAUGCUGGACUUCCGGGGGAGAAGGGAGCGGAUGGUCUUCCAGGACCGAAAGGUGACCAGGGGCAACAAGGAGAACGAGGCUGGCGAGGUUGGGUUGGCAUCAAGGGUGAACCGGGGGAGGGCGGAUCAGGCCUUGGGCUGAAGGGAGAGAAGGGGGAUCCAGGAACGCCAGGCAUAGCUGGACCAAAAGGAGACAUGGGAUACCCCGGACUGGCUGGCGAGCAAGGUGCCCCAGGCCCGCAGGGACCGAGAGGUGUUCCUGGUGCUAAAGGUGACAACGGGCUUCCUGGUGUUCAAGGUGUCCAAGGGUUACCGGGUCCGCGCGGAGAAAUGGGAUAUGACGGAUUCAAGGGUGAUGCCGGCCCAGCCGGACCAAAAGGCGAACCAGGCAGCGCAUCCCAAAGUGCUGCUCUCAAGGGAGGCCAGGGUCUACCUGGACCCCCGGGUCCACCUGGACCUGCUGGCUAUGAUGGCUUCAAGGGUGAACCCGGCGUCGCCGGACCGGCAGGACCAGCAGGACCAGCAGGGCCGCCAGGAGCCGAGGGUGCCCCCGGACAGAGAGGAUGGAGAGGCUGGCGCGGACAGCAGGGUCUGAACGGACCCCCCGGGCCUAGAGGUUUACCGGGUCCAGCGGGUGGACCCCCAGGAGAACAAGGACUGCCCGGUCUCCAGGGUCCCCAGGGAUCACAAGGCCUCCCAGGCCCUCAAGGCCCGGCAGGAGGCCCUAAGGGAGACAAAGGUGACACUGGACUGCCCGGAUUCGACGGUCUGGCUGGCCCCCAGGGACCUCAAGGUCCCCAAGGGCCGAGUGGAUUACCUGGCUUAAAGGGUGAGCCUGGUCUGCCAGGUGCAGAUGGCCUCCAGGGCCCUGUAGGUUACGACGGAAUGGACGGGAAACCAGGCCCGCCAGGUCCAGCUGGCGAACGGGGGCUGCAGGGAUAUGACGGUUUACCUGGUCCUGAUGGUCUGCCAGGACUUAAGGGGCAGAAGGGAGAACCAGGAGCCGAGGGCCUUCAAGGACCAAGAGGUUAUGAUGGAUACCAAGGUCCUCCCGGGGUGUCCGUGAAGGGGGAAGCAGGUCCGCCCGGCCCACAAGGAUUCGCAGGACCUCCUGGACCCAUCGGACCUCCGGGUAACCCUGGAGGUUUAGGGCCCGCUGGUCUACAGGGCGAAAAGGGACUAUCAGGCGGAGAGGGUCCACAGGGACCCAGAGGCUGGCGAGGGUUUGCUGGUCUACCUGGGCCGCCUGGUAAAGAUGGCCUCUCAGGUCCGCCUGGCCCACCAGGAGCACAGAGCGCCCCAAGACCAACUGGAUCGCCAACUACAUUCCGACAGGGCCACAAUCAUAACAGCAUAGUGAUGACCGGACAACCAGUACUCAGACAGCCAAUGAAUUCAGCUCAAACACGCGUGAACCCGAUCUACCGAACUAUUCCUCCUGACCCUCCAGCCUCUCAGCAAUAUCCCCGACAGUUUGCUCCAUCUCACUCCAGUACCCGGGCCCAGACCGUGUCCAUCCGGCAGCCCCGCUACCCUCCAGGAUCAUUCCCGCAAUCCGCAGCGGCAGGAUCAGGAACUAGAACGUCAGUCGCUGUCCAGAGAUCUCUGGACCCCAGAUUUAUCGGCUCCGGUGGUUCGGGUGCUGCUAAAAAUUCAGUUUCAGUAAAUAGACCAAGCCCUGACGGCAGCUCCGUCAACACAGUGAAGAUAAAGACUGGCAUCUCCUCUCUUGAUUCAACCUCAACAGGAAAGGGAGGACAGGCUGGAACCUCAAGCAGAGACACUCCUGGAAACACCAAGACCAAUCUUCCACAGGCUAUUCUUAAAGCAUUGUCACCAUCAUCUAGUUCAUCUGUAGCAUCAUCGAAACCAGCAACAGCAACGGUGACCGUUAAACGAGCUCCAGCCUCCCCAGCAACUGCUUCAUCUUCAAAAGCCUCCAUUGUAAUCUCUAGAUCCUCCAAGACUAGUGCGAAAUCAGCUUCUCCCAGACCUUCGUUGACUAUAUCCCGGUCGGUGGUUAACAGACCUGGUGGCAGUAAUCCCCGACCAGCUGCCACCAUAACCAUUCCCAGGCCCUCUCCAACUGGAGCAAUCCCUUCUAAGUCUCGGGCCCUCCCCGUCACAGUUCCAGCCCAGUCUGAACCCACAGCUAGGUCCUCAAUCAAAUUGACACGUCCCGAUCAAUCAUCUUCAGUCGCAAGCCCAGCUCGAGUCUCAAUCUCCCGUCCUUCUUCCUCAGCCUCUAUCACAAUAUCCAGACAAUCUCAAUCAGGAUCAAACCCCUCCCUAUCGCGACCCUCAAUCUCAGUCUCCCGCCCUGCUACUUCAGCCUCUAUCACAAUAUCCAGACAAUCUCAAUCAGGAUCAAACCCCUCCCUAUCGCGACCCUCAAUCUCAGUCUCCCGCCCUGCUACUUCAGCCUCUAUCACAAUAGCCAGACAAUCUCAAUCAGGAUCAAACCCCUCCCCAUCGCGACCCUCAAUCUCAGUCUCCCGCCCUGCUUCUUCAGCCUCUAUCACAAUAGCCAGACAAUCUCCAUCAGGAUCAAACCCCUCCCCAUCGCGACCCUCAAUCUUAAUCUCUCGCCCUGCUUCUUCAAGCUCCGUCACAAUCUCCCGACAAUCUCAAUCAGCUUCAAACCCCUCCCCAUCGCGACCCUCAAUCUCAAUCUCUCGCCCUGCUUCUUCAUCCUCCGUCACAAUAUCCAGACCUUUCAAAUCAGCCUCAGUUUCUUCCCCAAAACGAGCGUCAGCGUCUGUCUCCCGUCCUGUCCCCUCUAUCACAAUCUCCCGACAAUCCCAAUCAGUCUCGACACCCUCCCAAACAGGAUUCUCAGGGACGAUAUCCCGAUCAGCCCAGUCAACUUCAAUAUUUCCCCUGCAAAAAUCAUCAAACUCAGUUUCUGGUCCUGCUUCGUCCGCCUCCGUCAGAACAGGUCGACCUUUCCAGUCCUCCGCAGUCUCCUCCCCAUCAAGACUUGCAGUCUCAGUCUCCCGCCCCGUACCUUCAGCUUCAGUCUCAGUCUCCCGCCCCGUACCUUCAGCUUCAGUCUUAGUCUCCCGCCCCAUACCUUCAGCUUCAGUCUUAGUCUCCCGCCCCGUACCCUCAGCUUCAGUCUCAGCCUCCCGCCCCGUAUCUUCAGCUGCAGUGUCAAGCUCCCCUGGAGCAUCUGUCUUCUUGAAGCGACCUUCACCUAAUACCCAAAGCCUUUCUACGGGAGGAUCCAUCCUGCUGAGACAGAGACAGAGACAAGCAGCAGCAGCAGCAUCUCCUGCUGCAGGAAGCCAGGACCAGGCAGCAACUCAGCGUCGUCGUCCCAGCUUUUUGUCCUACCGCCUGGCGGCCACACGCCGAUCCUCGUCCCCGGGAACCAACGUUGCCAGCAGCAUCGUCCGUCGCCCUCAGCCGUCUCUCGGCGGCACAGGGGCAUCUUCACUACAAGCACGAACACCAUUCAUGCGUUACCAAAGCAACAGAAAUAACAACGCAUUAAGAAGCAGCACGUCAUCCGUGCGUAUUAUACGGCAUGGUGGCCAAGCAACAAGGCCAGGUAACCCCCCUGGACAUGGAGGCGGGAGCGGUGCAGCAGGCGGUGCUGGGGGCGGUGCUGGGGGCGGGGCUGGGGGCGGGACUGGGAGCGGGGCAGCAGGCGAAGCUGUAUUACAGAUCUCUGCUGAAGUGGAAACAGAAUGAACCACUGUGACACGGACCACGUGACUAGAUGAGUGGUCAGGUGGCUAAGUGACGAAUACGUAGAUGAAUAUAUCAAAUAACAGCUCUAUCAUUUUCUAUUCUGGAUAUAGUUGAGAGGACUGGUUCAUAGUGAGACUGUGCCGCAAGGUCUGCUGCCCAGGUUUAGAUACGUCCAGACGCUGUCGUUAAUAAAACAUAGGACAUUUUCUUUGUUUUUACUGUUAGCAGAUAUGUCAAAUUAGUACAUAUUGAACUAGUAAUUUUGACCUAGCACACCAGCAACCUGUUACCUGAAGGAGUGGAAUGUGUUAGUUGUAGCCGAGCCGAGCCGCAUAUACCCUUGUCUUGCCUGUUUAAUCCAUCUGUUUAUACGAACAAUCACAGUGCACUGCUAUAUACUUACUGCCUAUUAAUGAAUUAAAUAGGACAACGUCAUAAGUUGGAGCUGCGGUUAUUCAGGUGAUGGUUUACAUAUUGUUUUAUUCCAUUUCAGUGACAGGAAAAAUAGUAAUUUUCAAUUUUCUAGUUUUGUUUGUUCCAUGGAGGAUGGAUAUCUGUAUGAUCUCGGACACACUGACCUUCUACAUUCCUUUUAUAACAUUAUAGCUCCAGCUGACUUACUUCAACCAACUGUUUUCAAAAGCUCGUAUUAUAGGAGAGGAAACAUUAUCUAUCAGCGUUGAGGGUUUUCUGAACAAAGUUUGCUUUUCACAUUACCGACACGCUCCUGCCGUUGUGAGAAUUAUCCUUCAGUACAGUGCAGGCCAAACCUGGAGAGGCACGUGAUCUAGUUGGAAUUGUAUUAAUUGUAAAAUUGAGUAUGUAGACGUAGAACGAAAUAAAAUUCAGAGUACUA